UGCAGCAUUGCAUGCUAGCGAUAGCGGGCCUACCAUGCUUGUAAGUUGUAAUGUAGGCUAGUUGUAGGAAAAGGAAACGCUAGUAGUUUACGCAUUUUAUAAGCAACCGUGUGAAACAACUGUCACGGUGUAGACUGAGCUUUAUCAUGUGAUGUGCCAUCCAUUAUCGGUUUGGUCCAAAAUCUACCAACUGGAUGCCAUCUUCUUUAUGACUGUGAUACUGGGGAAACAAUGUCCGACUUGGCGGCAAAGAUUCCAGUAACAGAAACAAGCAAUCCGCUCACAGUUGACAUUGAUAUCAGUACUUCAUAUGAGUUAGUCAACCUCCUCCAUCGCUGUGACAGUCAAAUCUUUGAGGGCUGGGACCCAUACAAGAGCAAUAACAUCUUCAGCGAGCAGCUCAUCUUUAAUUUGCAGAAGGUCUCGGAGAGGGUUUUUGACAUCUUGAAGAAGAAAAGUCCAGCCUGUGAGAGUGUUGUCUUCAGUGGAUGUGGAACCUCGGGCAGGAUUGGUUUUUUAACUGCUAGAUCCUUUAACAACCUGCUGACAAACAUAGAUUUCAAGCCAUGCUGUGAGUACAUCAUCGCUGGAGAUGACAAGGCACUGCUGACUUCACAGGAGGCCCCCGAGGACUCCCCACAGGCUGGGGUGAAAGCACUGCAGCAGGUAUGCAAAAAGAAGAAAAGAGUUGUAUAUAUUGGCAUAUCAUGUGGUCUCUCAGCACCAUUUGUGGCCGGUCAGCUGCUCUACUGCAUGGAGCAUCUUGACGUGUUCACCCCGGUUCUCCUCGGUUUUAACCCUGUUGAACAGGCCAGGACUCAAGCCAUAGAGGGCUGGAGUGAGACAUUUCUCUCAGUUGUUGAGAAGUUGGUAGAUGCUCAGCAUGCAGGGAAAGGUUUCAUCAUCAACCCUAUUCUGGGGCCGGAAGCCAUCACGGGUUCGUCCCGCAUGAAGGGUGGGACAGCCACCAAAUUCCUAUUGGAAAUCAUCAUGCUGAAUGCCCUUCGCCAGCUCACCUCCACGUUGGAACCUGAGGACGUGGCCGACGAGGGCGCCCAGCAAGCCUUGUCAGCCGACGGGGCCAUCCGUUGCACCCACCUCCUGCGCAUGUAUGAGGAGGUGUGCAAAGACACAUACCCACAGGCGCUGUCAGAGGGGCUGCACAAGGUGAUUGACUGGGCCGGGGGCAGUUUGAAUGCAGGCGGGCAUGUAUACUAUCUUGGCAUCGACGACACUGGCCUCCUUGGACUAGUUGAUGCAUCAGAAUGCCCGCCCACCUUUGGUGCAGAGGUUAGUGAUGUCAGGGGCUUUGUAUUUGGAGGCUACACAACUCUUGGAAACAAAGAGGGCGAUUUGGUCAUCAAAUCUUUUCCCCCGGUGCAAGAACUCGUUCCCAUCAUUGACAAGAUGCAGCAAUCAUAUGAGCACUCCCAGCAAGACAGCAAACUGGAGAUCGGGGCCAGCCACUUCUCAGGUGCCGUAUACCACUCCCUGGGCCCCAGCGACCUCGUCAUAUUCUUGACGUCCAGUGGCAGCGAGCUGGAUGCCUGCAUGAAGAUGUUGGCCCAGAUGGUGUGCUGCAAAUGCAGCCAGGUGGUGGUCUUAGCCUGCUACCGGGACAUCAAUGACACCAAGGAGGAUAUCCUGUCGCAGUACUUCCCCAAAGUUGUCCGCAUCCGGAUCCCCACCACCCAGUACAUUCGGAGCUUCAUGGAGGAGAAGGACAAGAAGAUGUCAUGGUUUGACCUGCUGGGCGUCCACGCCGCCCGUCGAUUUGCCUCCGAGCUGUCCUGCAAGUUGCUGCUGAAUGCCAUCAGCACCGGCGCCCACAUCCAGAAGGGCAAAGUCUACCACAACCUGAUGGUGGACCUCAAGCUCAGUAAUAGCAAGUUGUUCCGCAGAGGAAUAGAAAUAGUGAAGAGUCUUGCCACAUGUUCAGAAGACACCGCUCUGAAUGCAGUCCUCAGGGCCUUGUAUGGCACCAACGUGGUGUCCGAAGAACUGAGAAAGGUGGCGGUGUCUGAGCACACCAGAGUAGGUUCAUUCAAGCCAAAGGUCAUACCCACGUCAAUCAUCCUGGCAAGUAAAAGUUGCCUGAUCCACGAAGCCAUGGAGAUACUGCUCAAGUUCCCCGUCAUACGAACUGCCCUGGCCCAACUCUGCGCCGUCACCAGCCCUCCCAUGGUGCAGUUUCCCCCAUGAGGGCAGGAAGUGAGAGUGUCACAUGAGAACUCACAAAGGUCUGGACCCACCCCUUAAAUGAGGCAGUUUGUGACUUUUGAUGUAUAUAAUUUUUUGUUUUCAGAGAAUUGGUGGAUGAAGGGGAACACGCAAACUCUGCAAUAAUUUGGAUAGAUUUUUGUAGUUGCUCAGUUGACUUGACCCACAAGGUGAUGCACGUGGAUCUAACCACACCGACUUUUUUCCCGUCUUGUGUUUUAUCGUACUGUUUGCCCGCAUAAAAAGAGAGACUUUUGAGACCUAAUGGUGACAUAUGUGUAUAUACCAGUCCCACCUGACUGGUCCACUGUUGUUUAUGUCGUGCACAAGCUAAUGUGCAAAUGCUCAGAAUCACCAGUGUUUGUCUUCCCUAUGAUUUGAGUGUACUUAACCAGCAUAUCUUUUUUCGCUACAAUGGAUUUGCCAAGUGGUGCUCUGGGACAUAAUGGUAAACAUUAUUCCAGUCAAAACUUAUUGAGCCUAACUUAGCUUUAUCCAACCAUUGCUGUACUCCGUUGAUUGAUUUCAUGACAGGUCUUAAUGCUUGUCAGGGGCAAGUCCACAACUCUGAUAUGUUACAUUUACACCAUAGUGUACCUUUGUAUAUUUUUCUAACCAGUCAAGGUAAUAAAAGUUGUCAGCACACAACACUUGUCAUUUCCUCAAGAGAUACAUAAUAAUGCUUUGGUGAGGUUUGAUCUGUAUAUAUGUUGUGUGCCAAAUGAACAAAUGUCAUGUUGUAGUGGUGAACCAGUUGAGUAAACUGGACCUUUCGGUUUAAGUUUUGCUUAUACAAAAUAGUUUAGAUUACUUUUGUCGUGCCAAGUGCUGCAAAUUGAUUAGAUUCGAUUUGUUGUUUCUGUGCGCAUGAAAAAAUGAUAAAAGAACUGAUUUUCCUCUUUAGGAAAUGAAAGUUGCUUUUUGAGAAUGUAACUCAAUAUUUUCAAAUGUGUGAGUGAGUAAGUGUAACUCACCAAGAAGCUGAUUCCAAUCAGUUUCAAGGAAAGAGGAAGCUCGUGGGGAGACGCUCUGCAUUCAAAUUCGGAGAGUCAAAAAGCCUUCUCGUCUGUGCUCAUCACCAGAUAGCACAUGCAUCAAUUUGUAUAAAGUUAUCUGCAUUUUUAACGCUUGCCUGUACUUACAGGUGUUUGUGAUUGUAGAUCUUCUUUUGUCUGUUUAGAUUUGCUUUGGUUUUUCUCAGUUUAUGCUUUGCAAUCAAGCAAUUGUUAUUUGAUUGCUGUUUUAAAUGAAAGAAUGUAAUAUGAUGGAUGAAGACAUACCUGACUUUUUUAUACAGGAAAGGAUUUUUGCACAUUGAUGGAUAGGUAUACCCAGAUUAGCCAAAAAAAGAAGUGAACAUCAACUAUUUUUAAAGGGUCUACAAAUUAUUUCCUUCUGCUGCAGGUAUUUUGGGGCUUUUAACAGUGAAUGAUUAUUAAAGUAAUGCUUUAUUUUGAUAAUAAAAGAAUUAUGUGUAUAUUUGCACCGAGAAA